AUGGAAAACAGUUGGCUACAGAGGCUUAUGAACGGGCCAGGCUCCCCGCUGGUGCCACAUGUUUCUGCAGAAAAUACCCCAAGGGGAACAACGUCUCAAGAGCUUGAUUUGUUUCUUGCAAGUUCCAUGGCCCAGUUAGAUGUUCAGCAGCGAGAAACAGUUUUAGAAGAAUUGCACGGGAUACGUAACAGUGAAAACCCCGAGAGCAAUCCUGCUUCUGUUGAUUUGUGGUUGCAGCUCCUUAAUACGCACCUGCAGAGUAUCAAGCGAGGGACCGUCUAUGAGACUGCCGAAGCUAUUGAUCGAACUUAUGUCACCAGCAGAAAGUUUCGGAUGAUGUUUCUGCGCGCGAAUCGGUAUGAUUCUCAGGCUGCAGCAGCCCAAAUGAUUAAAUUCUUGGAGUUGAAGCGGUCAAUCUUUGGCCAAGAAAAACUGACAAGGAAGAUAACACUGGCCGAUCUGAAUGUGGAUGACAAAAAGUAUCUCGAAUCGGGUGCUGCGCAAAUAUCGACGAAACGAGAUCGAUCAGGGAGGGCUAUUUUUCUUGUCUUUCCGUCUCUUCGGAGUGAAGAAACCACAGCCGAAGUCGAAACCGUGCUCAGAGCUCGAUAUUAUGUUCUUAUGAAUAUGAUGGAAUCUGAAGAGCAUCAAAGGAAUGGUAUAAUCCUGAUUUACUUCGGUGCGCUAGCGUCACAUCGUAAUCAGCAUGCAUCAAACUCUGGCCUUCUGUGGGAUCUGCCAGUGUUCUAUGCCGGCCUUCAUUGCUGUUUCAACAGCCUGGCAGCCUAUAUUUUGAUAAGCGUAGCAGUGCUGCGCUUACCAUUUGCAAUGAGACCGCGUAUGAGGGUGCACUACGGUUCUUGCACAGACUGUCUCUACAAGCUGUCAUCGUUUGGCAUUCCCAAAGAAGCCAUUCUCAAUGACUCCAACGAACCUGAUCUGAUGGACCAUUUGCAAUGGUAUCGUCACAGACAAGAGCUGGAACUGACAUAUGUGAGCGACAGUGAUACCGAUAUGCAAUCUCUCGCGUCAACACACACCAUUAUUCCUCGACCCGGGGAUGUUUUGUUUGGACCCGGUAGUAGGAAGAACGAAGGCAAUAUCCUGAUGAGAAAUCUAGUUCUCACGGUACUUACCGAAUACAACGAGUCUACUAAAAGGGAUAAGAUGCAGCUCACGAAGACGAUAAUAGAUGAAAUCACGAAGAAGGGCGGACGGUUCUUGAAGCAAAAUGAAGAUACGAAGGAGUGGGAAGAAGCCAAUCAUACGGAGGCCAGUAGGAAAAUUGCACACACGUUCAGGAAUAUUCGACGACCCAGCCGCGCGAAAAACAAGUCAUAG